AUGUCUAACCUUCACUCUGCCAUGCCAGGGCUACCAGGGUUACCUGGCCUAGCAAACAUUACUGAUCCAUCACCAUUCACUUCCUUUGCAGGUGAUUUCCUCGGUCUUCCCAUUCCAGACGACGAACUCUGGGGAUUGAGCCCCGUCUCACCAAUGGCCACGGGCUGGGACAAAGAUUCGGCAGCAUUUGCCAAUUCCGCACUCGAGCGGGACCUCAAAAACGCCCAGGUCCGAAAUGGCCAACCAACCCCGCCUCCAUAUGACGAGCAAGGUCGCGAUCUCUCCCGAGACAUGAUGGAACAUGCAAGCAAACGACGGCGCGUGCGAGAAUACAACACCGCAGCUGCCAGCCUCAGUCCCGAUCUCGACGAUGCCCCGCACGAACGCGCCAAGCGGGCCAAGUUCCUCGAGCGGAAUCGUCUCGCGGCAAGCAAGUGUCGCCAGAAAAAAAAAGAACAUACCCAGCUGCUGGAAUUUAACUUCAAGGAACAAUCGGAGAAGAAGGAGCAGCUGAUCGCGGAGAUUGCCCGGCUACGAUCGGAGAUCCUCGGGCUGAAGAAUGAAGUACUGAAACACGCUCAGUGUGGAGAUGAGCCGAUUAGACUUCACCUCGCUCAGAUGGUCAAGAAAAUUACCGAUCAUGAUGGUGCUCCGUCUGCAGGUGCGCUGCCUGAUUCGCCCGUCAGAAUCUCGGAGAACAAUCCCUCUGUCUCCCCGCUCGAAUCCAACCCCGCUCCGGUUGCGACUGCUAUGCCUGUGCCUGUGCCUGUGCCUGUGCCUGUGCCUGCUCCAGUGGCGCCGGCGACGAUGUCGUUUGGCUUUGAUGAUCCCUUGCAACUGGAGCCGGCCGCUGCGGCUGCUGCCGAGGCAUUUGAGCAGCAGAUGCGUCGCGAGUCGGAGACUUCGCUGGUCUCAGAGGGGUCUUAUUCUUUCUCGGCGGAGGAUACCUCCUUUGAUGAUUUGAUUAAUGUGUGA